CGUACUGGGUACAUCCACCGUCCUACUCGUACAGCCCAGCCUUCUCGCUCUCAAGCUACCAUCGCGCAGCGCCACCAGCGAGGCUCAGACCGCUUCCCUCGCGGCUCGACAGCACCAUCGCCAGCAUACCAACAACAUCCUACACGCCCUCUACCGGACGACAACAUGUGCUGGAUAAGCCUAACCCCCACCAAAAACAAACCCAAACGCCCUUCCUCAGACUGCUCCUCUGCGGAAAUCGUCCGCGUCCGCCAUAGCCCUCAACCGCGCUUCAGCGACCUCAGCGUCUCGCUCCCCAGCAGCGUAGCCUCUGCGCCAGACUACCACCACCACCACCUCCACCACCUCCACCACGACACUCUCCACCUGCACCCGCAUCUCCCCGAGCACUUACGACCGCACGCCCCUUUACCCCACGGUCUCCUACAGCACCACCACAGACAUGCCCAACUCCAUCCUUUCCACCCACUGCACCUGCACCCCCUCACACCGUUGCACGGUCCAGGCAGAAAGAUCAAGAUAGAGACACCGUGUCCUCCGCCGCCGAGUCGGCAUUCCUCGCGCCCACCUCCUCCCCCGCCAUCAGCACCCUGCAAGACAAGAGAGCCGAUCUACCGCACACAAAUCGUGGAGCCGGCGGCCGUGCGCGCGAUGACGCGGAGUGCGCUACGAGAUGUUAGGGUCAGGGGGAAAGUGAGGAAAGUGGGGGAUUAUGAGGUGGCGGGGAGGAGUGUGCCGUGGGAUUGGGAGUGUGUGAGUAGCGGGGUGGGAAGUAGUGUUGUCGGGCGUCGGGGUGGGAAGAAGGCGAAGAGGAAGAAGGGAGGGGGAGGGGGUUUGAAGUAUCCGCCUUUUGGGGGAAUGGAGCGCUGGCUGUGACGACGUGACUACAUGCAGGCAUGGAGAGUGACACAUGGUAGACACUCAGUGGAGAGGGCGGAGAGGGUAAUGGUAAUAUCUCUCGAUUCGAUAGCAUAUGGUGUGCGACUAGUAGUACUCCCUACAUUCCCCCUUGCAAUGACAAACGAUUAGCACAGCUCUAAGCCGGCACUGGAAAAGGCCUCCCAAACAGGAACCUAGGCAAAAUCAAGAUAGAC